GCUCCCUCUCUCUCUCUCUCUCUCUCUGACGGGGAUGCUUCGGAGAGGCCCGGCGAAUCCAUGGACUUGGACGAGGCCUUCGGCUUGGUGGGGGAGUUCGGCCCCAGGCAGAAGUGGCUCACCGCGUUCCUGGUGCUGCUGCAGGUAUAUGUGGCCUUUCAAUCUAUGCUUAUUGUGCUAGUGGGAGCAGUGCCGGAAUAUCAUCUUGACCUGGAGGAGAUUCAAACUAGUAGGGAGACUCUUGCAAAACAUGUCAGGUUUACCAGCAACUUCACAUCCAUAGUAACAGAGUGGUAUUUAAUCAGGCAUGAAGCAUAUAAAGUGAGCCUGGCAUCAUCCUUGUACUUUGCUGGGUUGCUUAUUGGAAAUAUAUUGUUUGGUCAGCUGUCAGAUAAACUGGGCAGGAAGCCUGUGUAUCUAACAGGUCUUUUCUUAGAUGUCAUUUUUGGGUAUGUUUCAGCAUUUGCUCCAAACUAUGACAUUUUUGCAAUGUCACGCUUUUUCGUUGGAAUUACAAAUGGUGGUAUGUCUCUAGUGUCUUUUGUUUUGACACAAGAAUAUGUAGGAAAAUCCUUUUGGGCAUUGACAGGCUCAUUAACAAAUUUGACAUUUGCGGUUGGCAUAGCAAUUUAUGCAUUAUUGGGUUUUUACAUAAGAGAGUGGCGUUUCCUUGCCUUCGUAUCAAAUUCUCCAGGACUUUUCUUUCUCCUUCUCUCUUUCAUGCUUCCAGAAUCACCAAGAUGGUUAUACUCCCAAGGGAGGACAACAGAAGCAGAGAAUGUGCUACAAUACAUAGCCCUUGGUAAUGGGAAAGAAAGACUGUCUGUGAAACUGAAGCAAUGCACAGGAGCAGUAAAAAAGGAUGAUUCAGCAUCUGGUGUCCGAAGCCUCAUUAAGCAUCCAGUCCUUCGGUGGCGCACUGUCAUCUUGAUGUAUAUUUGGUAUGUGUGCAGCCUUGUCUAUUAUGGCUUAACGCUGAACGCUGGUGAAUUAGGAGGAAACCUAUAUCUAAAUGUGGCUCUUUCUGGCCUUGUAGAAGUUCCAGCAUUUCCACUCUGCAUGUUCUUCAUUGAAAAAUCAUGGUCAGGAAGACGUAAAAGUACAACUGCUUUUUUGAUAUUUUCAGGCCUUGCCUGUAUAUUCACCAUGUUACUACCAGAAAAUAGAGGUGGAUUUUUAUUCAGUCCCAGCAUCUUAGCUUUAUAUGGGAAAUUGACUGUAAGUGCUGCUUUCAACAUCAUAUAUAUUUACACUUCAGAACUCUACCCAACAGUAGUGAGAAAUGCUGGCUUAGGUGUAUGUUCGAUGACUUGUAGAUUUGGUGGUAUUUUGGCACCAUUUGUCCCUUCCCUGAAAUCCCUUGGCCCAUCUGUACCAUUUGUGGUCUUUGGAAUCAGUGGAUUGUCAGCUGGUUUCCUUACUCUUCUACUACCAGAAACUGUGAAUAAACCCAUUGCAGAGACCAUUGAAGAUUUGCAGACACCUACCUACCAAAUACUUAAAAACAAAAAGGCAGAGUAAAUCAGUUAGAAGAAAGCAAUUAGUGUGCAAAAACCAUAUCUUGGUUGAAAAUGACAACAGUACUUCCACUGUUGAGGUGUGGUGCCAUCAAGAAUUCAACUCUUAAAAGUAUUUUGGGAAUCCCAGUACGCUCAAUAAUGUGAACUUAAAUUGUGAAGGGGGUGGGGAAGGGGUUAUACAAACUCACGAGGAACAAUGAAGGAAUGAAAUAUCUACCUUAAACUGCCACACUCUAUAAACUUUCUAGGACAUUCAGAAUUACCUGGUGAUUUAUGUCUUCGGUAACAAAAGGACUAGUUCUAUGUUGAUUAGAUGACUUAACUGUGUAAGUGUUAAAUUAUACUGGGGAUUUUUACUGUAAUCCUAAACAUGCAAGCAAGAGGAAGGUAUUUAAUUGUUGCAUCUGGCUUAUUUAAAUAGGCUCAGGAUAUCCUUAGCAUACUCUUCUUAAAGCACCUUCAGAAUGGAGGGUUACAGGUCAGCCUGGAAUAUUUAGGCGUUGUUACUUUUUACACUCUUCAUGAUGCCAAUAUUUUUGUAUUCAUGUUUUAAGAUGAAUGUUCCACAAUAUUUAUAAAGACCAAAGAUGCCUUU